CAAUUCUCUACACAUGUUUUUGCGGCGCACCGAACAAAAACAAACAAUGGAACAAGUAUAACGAAAACAUUAUCGCAUUAAUGUAGGCAGAUGUGAAUUAGAUUUAAAAUUUAAGAUAAGAUAUGAUAACAAUUCGUUUUUGCAAACUGUGCCACCAGGAAGUCAAAUUCUUUCGUCCGUAGUUCCGUAAAAGUACCUACCUCAGCUAGGUCAAAAUGGACAUUCUGAUUGAACCAGACUGUUUCAAAAUAUGUCGUAUAUGUAUGGAGAAUUGCGAAGACGACUUUAUAUGCGUGUAUGACGAGUUCGAGGACAAUAUCCUGAUGGACGUUAUCACUGAAUGUGCCCGUAUAGAGAUAAGAAAGGAUGAUGCAUUGCCACGGAACGCUUGUCGAAACUGUGCCGAGUAUAUGAUAAUUGCCUACCACAUUAUUCAAAAGUGUCGUGAUUCGGACCAAACACUGAGGAACAUUUUCAAACAUGAGAUUGAUUUUCGCAGCCGAGAAGAGCAAAACUACAAUGCGGCUAAUAUUCACGUAGAAGACAUCAAUCCGGCGGAGUAUGCUUUUCUGCUUUCGGAUGCGUAUGACAACAUAAUGUUGGAAACUGUGGAUGGACUAAUUGUGAAGCCGACCAACGAAGUGGAUCCUGGAGAGUUCCAAAACAACGCACAUUAUGGUGAAAAUGAGCAGUUGGAUAACGAACAAGAAGGAAACGCAGAAAUAGGGGAAAUUCAAGGAAAAUAUCCGCUAGAAGCAGAACCACAGUAUUCAGUCUUUCACGGCAGGCAAAAAUGUUGUGGCUGUAAAUCAGAGUUCGAUGAUGAAACCGAUCUGAAGAAUCAUAUUGAGUUGGUUCAUUCGAAAAAUUCAGACAAUUGCGAUACCAAACCAUUCAAAUGUUCUACUUGUUAUAAAUCCUUCUCCAAUCAGCAACUUCUAAAGGAGCACCAACGAAGCGCGGUUCGUAAGUAUUUUUGUCGUCAGUGUGGGAAAGGCUUCAUGACCCAAGAAAAUCUUACGAAUCACCUCAAAUGUCAUGUUUCUUCGGGGGAAACCAAAAAGUGCUGCGGUUGUCGCAAAGAUUUCAGUUCCGAAACAGAGCUUCUAAUGCACUCGCGAGAGGUGCACAGGCCUGAGCAAACUUCAAAUCAAGAUAAGCCCUAUGAAUGUGAAACUUGCUUUCGGCGAUAUCCAACUCGCAAAUCACUUGUGAGUCACAAGCGGAUGAUACAGCAGCAUCAGUGCCCACGCUGUGGAGAAGUGUUUAUGAAGAAAUUGUUCCUAACAUUACAUGAGCAGUCUUGCCGAUCAGACGAGCGCGAGGAUAGUAACAGACGGUGCUGUGGCUGUCGUUUGGAGUUUCCUAACCAAGGAGCAUUACGAGAACACGCUUUGCUCACCCACAAACCUAACGAUCAUCAGGAGCGAGAUGACACAAAAUCCUUUGAGUGUGAAAUUUGCUACAGACGCUUCUCCUCGAAACCAAAUCUGCAGCAGCAUCAGAAAAAGGCGAAUCAAGAGAAACGCUACGAAUGUGAGAUAUGUGGACGCUCUUUCAGUCGGGCCCACGAUAAAGCUACUCACGUUACUACGCACUCGAACGAAAUGCCGUUUUCGUGCCAGCUCUGCCAUCGGAAGUUUAAAAACAAGCUCUACCUCAAAAACCAUUUGAAGCUGCAUGCUACAAGCGAGUCGAAAAAUUUUGCUUGUGCAAAAUGCGGAAAAUGUUUCCGAACGAAGGAUCUCCUUAAAACACAUUCGAUCAGUCACAGCGAAGAACGCAAGUACGCUUGUAGCGUAUGUCCGGCAACGUUCAAGCGAUUGCAGUGCCUUAAAAUCCACAUCAAAGUUCACACAAGGGAGAAAGCGUUCGGUUGUAAUAUUUGCGCGAAACGAUACGUUCAGUCGUCGGAUUUAAAGCGUCAUUUACUGACCCACAACCCGGGUGAGAGUGGUAAACCCUUCCAAUGUGAAUACUGUUUGAAGCGAUACCCGAGGAAGGAUUAUCUCAAAGUGCAUAUACGCAAGCAACAUUUGAACAACGUUGAUAUGAUACUGAUCGAUGAGGCAGCGCUCGAACUUAGAGGCAAUGGCAGUGAUAGUGAUUUACUGGUUAUUUAAAGCGAUGCCGAAUGAUUCAGCACACUAUUCAAUCGGGACGCCGUAAACAUACUCAGGGAGAAUCGACUGAUCGAUAGGUGACAAUAAAAAAAAUCUAAAUAUCAUCCAAUCAAUAAACAACGAGUAUAAAAAUAAAGUAUGCAGCUGUUUCUUAUAAAUUCAAAAAAUAGAAAAAUACAAUA